AUGGCUGUCUCUGCGUUGCUGCAGCUUGCCCAUAAGAAUCUUGUCUGUUCUGUCUGCUACAAUCUUUUUCGCCAUCCUGUUUCGUUCCCUUGCGGCCAUGUGUUUUGCAAAUCAUGUGCAGUGCGCUGUGUGGAUGAGAGACCACAGUGUCCGUUGUGUAAUCAUGCUGUUCCCAGUAAGCGGGCAAGUACACCACUUCCCACACUAGAUGCCCUUACUGUACUUGUGCAAGAUGUGGCUCAUACACUGCGUUUACAGCAGACAACUACGAGUAGGGCUACGAGUAAUAGUACACCACCGCCGUUAGUGCAAUUGGGAGAGGCAGCAAGUACUGUCAAGAUGACGGAGAAUAGAUCCACUACAGCUUCAGUUUCUUCUUCUGCUUCUGCUGAUAUUGCCCGUUCUGCGAGAAGCGGGGAUAAUGAUAGAGAGAGGACCACACCAGAUAUUUCUCGUGGUGGUAGUAUGUCAAACACACAAUUACUUCAUACCCCACUUUUCCGACAUCGAUUAACAACAGGAGAAGAACUCACGUGGGAUGGUGCAGAGACACAGCUUGUGCACUCAGUAAGUCCCGCCUUGAAUGAAGUUCAAUCGUGCAUAGCAGUUUCUCGGUAUAAUCUUAACAACAACGAGAAAAUUCCUGAGCAUGGCGGAUGUUGUGUGUUGUGUGGUUUGGAUAUUAAGAAUCGUACCCAGAUGCACCGUUAUUUACGGCGGUUGCUUAACACUGACCCUUCUUGCAACCGAGAAAGUGUACGUCAGUUAAAUGAAGUAGCACUAGGUACUUGUUUGGGACCCAUCUGGGAUUUACAUGUACCUCAAGUAGCGAAUACGUCUGCAGAUACUAGCGAAAAAAUAGGUGAAGUUAAGGAAUGUGAUCUGGAGAGUGAUUCUGGGCGGCGAAAGCGAUCUCGUGAGGAGGGAAAUCACUUAUCUACUACUACUACUACUACUACUACUACUACUACUACAUCACUGUUGAUGAUGCAUCAGAGAUGUCUAGAGUGGUGUUUGCUACAUGACUACAUUAAGGAUGAAGACACCGCUCUGCGUUUGAUGAUUUCAAACACUCUAUUACAGGAACUGUCUGGUGUGAACACGACAGCAAUAACGAUAUGUUCUUUCUGUGCCAAUAGUGGUAUGUGUUUACUGCUCUGUGGGUGUUGUCAGCGCAAGGCGUAUCACUAUCCUUGUGCACUGCUGACUGGAGUUGAUGUAUGUGACAUUUCCGCUGGUGUUAAUGAGUUGCUGUGUGCGGAGUGUACCAAACAACAGCAACAGGAAUAG